UAGCCACACUGCCCUUUCUCUCUUCUCUCUUAUGCCCACCUCCCUCCCUCUUAGUUCAGUGGAUGUGGUUGCCAUGGUACUGGCUCCCCUAUUCUGUGAAAGAGGCCACCCAACAGGACUCAUUCUUGCCACCUCUCUCUCCUCCCUCCCUCCCUCCCCCCUCUCCUCUCCCACCCCCCUCCACCCUUCUUCCUCCCCCACAAGACAAUCUCACAAGUUUCAUUGACAAUGUGUGUGUGUGUGUGUGUGUGUGUGGUGGGGUGGGGAGGGUGUGAUGGUUGUGAGCAGUGCCGUGAUGCUCCCGGUGAUGAGUGGAGGUCUCCUAGUGAGUGAGGAGGACGGCUGUCUGCUGGGCAUGAUCGUCUCCAUUUCAGACCACUCAAUAAUGAUGAGUCAGCACACAACCAAGAAAUCGGUCACAAGACCAAGUUCAACUUCUGAUCAGCCCGGGGUCUGGGUACGAGACCGCCUUUUCAAGAGAUGCCUCUAUCUAUAUAUAACCUCUUUCUGUUCCUCCUCACAGGGAUGCCACCAUAGGCCACACCUACUCCACUGUUAACUACUCCCUGUUGUUGCCAUGGUUACUACCAGCCUUGCUCCCCUACAUACUGAAAGGAGAGGCUGAAGAUCUUCACCAGCUUAUGUCAGAGAACGGGGAGAGAGUGAAGCUGCUGUGGACACUGGGCGGAGGAGGUGAUCUCACCAGCAAACUGUAGACCUCUAGUCAUGGUGUGAAUCAUGCAUGUUUUCCUGUGGGUUCAUCAGUGUUAACUAUUUUGAAUGGACGGACAACAGCUCAGGCAUAAUGACUGUGUGAUCAUUUUUAAAUUUUGUCUUUAUUCAGUCUCAAAGCCUCAACCUUUGAGUAUAUAUGGCC